GAUUUGUAGUUCGCCGUCGCCUUCGGCCCUGCCCCGGCGCUGCCCGCAGGACUGCGGCUCGCAACCGGCCACACCGCAGCCUUACGGGUGGGGGCCGGGCCGGUUACGGCGGGAGCAGCUGGGAGCAGAGAUGGAUAAAAUACUGGAAGCCGUGGUGAUGUCCUCAUACCCCAACAAUGUGAAGCAAGGGCUUGUGAGGCGCGUCAUUGAGGCAGCAAAGCAGCCCAUGGACAGCGAGCAAUGCUGGUCUAUGCUGGAGCUGUCUACCAAGCUUUAUCUCACAGGGGACACCAAGUAUAAAAGAGAGAUUGGGAAAGAGGUUUUGGAGGUCUACGGCCACUACCACCCCGAGGAAUUUGAGGAGUUCUUCAAUGUUCGCUUCCUGCUGAGUCUCCUCCAGGAAGGCUAUGGACCUCUGGGGAAGAGAAGCCAUUAUGUACUCGAUUAUAUCCAAUUAGGACUGCAGUUUGUCCUGGAAAGCCCGUCAGCAAACAGCAUCUUCAGCUUAUUGAGGAUCGAGGUGCUCCGGAAAGUCUGCGAGAGGCCCAGCCCCAAGCAAUGCGCGAAGAUCAGCAAACUCUUAACCCAACAUCCUCAGUGCAUUCCCACGGGCAAACACCAGGUCUUGUUUUGUCAGCAGCUGAUCCGAUGCAUCGGGCAGUUCCAGUGCAUCUCCGAGGGGGAAGAGGACAUCAUGGAGUUUUUGGAGCAGGUGAACAAAGUGAGCGGUCUGCUGCAGAGGAUCUGGAGGACUCAGACCUCAGCCAUCCUGCCCUCUUUGAAGGAGCUGUUCACUAUCAUUUCUUCAACAGAGGAGCAGGAAGCGCCAUCCAACGCCUUGGCCAGUGUGGUCCAGUUUGUCCCUCUGGAGCUCAUGGAUGGCGUCAUAAGAAACCUAACCAACGAUGACAGCAUCACUGAUGUGCAAAUGAUGACAGCCAUUGGCAGGAUGAUCGACUGGGUGUCCUGGCCCCUGGGAAAGAACAUAGACAAGUGGAUCAUUGCUCUGCUGAAGGGUUUGGCUGCGGUGAAAAAGUUCAGCAUCUUGAUUGAAGUUACUCUUUCGAAAAUUGAAAAGGUCUUCUCCAAGUUGCUGUACCCCAUCGUGAGAGAGGGGGCUUUGUCCGUCCUGCAGUACAUGCUGCUGAGCUUCCAGCACUCCCACGAGGCAUUUCACUUGCUGCUGCCUCACAUCCCCAGGCUGGUGGCCUCUCUGAAGAAGGAGGACUCCAACUCUGCCACUAGCUCCCUGGAGCAGCUGGCCGAGCUCAUCCACUGCAUGUUCUUCCGCUUCUCAGGAUUUCCAGAUCUCUACGAACCAGUCCUAGAAGCAGUUAAAGCUCUUCCUAUUCCAAAUGAAGACCGGAUUAAACAUCUCUUGGGACAAAAUGCUUGGACCUCCCAGAAGAACGAGCUGGCCUGCUUCUACCCACGCCUGGCAUCCAAAUCAGAGACAGGAAAGAUUGGGUUAAUUAACUUGGGAAACACAUGCUACAUGAACAGCAUCAUACAGUCUCUUUUCAUGGCUUCAGACUUUCGGCAUUCAGUGUUGAAUUUAACCGAGGGCAACUCCCAGCCCCUGAUGACAAAGCUCCAGUGGCUCUUUGCGUUUUUGGAGCACAGUCAGCGACCUGCCAUCUCACCCGAGAGUUUCCUCUCUGCCUCCUGGCCACCCUGGUUCACCCCCGGUGCUCAGCAGGACUGCUCGGAAUAUCUCAAGUACUUGCUGGACCGAUUACAUGAAGAAGAAAAAACUGGAAAAAGGAUCUACCAGAAACUCAAGGAAUCCAGCUUGAUGUCUCAGGCGGUGGAGCAUCAUUACUUAAACAAGACAUUGAUUGAGAAGAUGUUUGGGGGUAAAAUGAUGACAAAGAUCCGCUGCUUGAAGUGUCUGAACGUCUCCUCCCGAGAAGAAGCCUUCACAGACCUGUCCCUGGCUUUUCCCCCACCGGACAGGCACAUGCGUGGGAGCACGUCUGUUUUACCGGUGGAAGAAAUUGGCCCGCAGUUUACUGAGCCUCCUGAAAACCCAAGCCAGCUUACGGGAUCUCCCUGGAUCCAGAGGAAAGCCCCCAUGGCCAGAGACCCUGCAGCCCCGCCGAUGCCGGUGGAAACGUUGGGUUUCCAGGAGCCAGGAGAAGCGGCAAAUCCCUUAAGUGGCAAUGCCAGUGGUGUGGAUGCAGCCAAAGACCCUCUCUUGGCUUUUGGGGAGCAGGCGUGUGCUCCCAAGGACUCCAGAUCCGUACCAGAUUUAAUCAACUAUUUUCUAUCCCCGGAGAGACUGACAGCAGAGAAUAAAUACCACUGCGAGAAAUGCGCAUCCUUGCAGGAUGCCGAGAAGGUGGCGGAGCUGACGGAGGGUCCGCACUACCUCAUCCUCACGCUGCUGCGGUUCUCCUUCGACCCACGGACUAUGAAGAGGAAGAAGAUCCUGGACAACGUCUCCAUCCCCGUGGUGCUCAAGCUGCCUGUCCUUGUCACCCCGGAGGAAACCGAGGAGGUUUGCCAUCGUGGGAAGGACAGGGCUGCCCCGGGAAGUGGCUUCAUGUCUGUUGUGUAUGACCUCUGCAGUGUGGUGGUACAUUCAGGCAUCUCCUCCGAGAGUGGCCACUACUACUGCUACUCCAGGGAGUGCACCGACACUGUCCCUCAUGGGCAGCCCCGGGAUGGGGCACCGAAACUGGCCUCUGACAAGCAGUUGGACUUUGAAAUCCAGUGGUACCUCUUCAACGACACCAGAGUUUCCUUCUCCUCCUUCGAAUCGGUCAGCAACGUCACCUCUUUCUUCCCCAAGGACACUGCCUACGUCCUCUUCUACAGGCAGCGGCCAGGGAGGCAGGGCUGCCUGCUGCACGAGGCUCUGGCCGAGGACGGCCGCCUGCACGGCGAACCCUCCCUCCAUAAGGACUUGAUGGAAGCCAUUUCCAAAGAUAACAUCCUCUACUUGCAGGAACAGGAAAAAGAAGCGAGGAACAGAGCCGCCUACAUUUCCGCCUUGCCGAAAUCCCCGCUGUGGUGGAGAGACCUUGACAGGGACAAGGAUGAUGACAGCUCGUCGGGGGGCUGCAGCCCGGCAGCGGGCGGGGGGGGAUCCGGCUCCUUUCAUGGACUUGUCUUCUAGCCAACGGGUUAAACCAGAUAGUCAAUGUCCACGGGGCCAACCUGAAGCCAGAGGCUCCUCUUCCUCACCCCGAUGACAGUGAGCACCUUGGAGGAGGAUUUGGGGAACAUUUCAAUGGAAAAGGACUCAGGGGCUGAUUUGGAGGCACAUGGAGGGUCCCACCGCUUCCUAUGCACUUGGUCUUCACGCCUUAAUGUAACUAAGCUAACGCGGAGAUGAGCAGCUGCCGACAGCUCGGAGAAGUGCCCUUUUGCUUCAGCGUAGCCGUGUCUUGCCUGCUGUGAGCCAUGCCUCCAGCCUGGGGAGGGGACGGGGACAGGGACGGGGAUGAAGAUGGACCCAGCGGGGUCCCAGGGGUGGAGAUGUCCCAUGCGCAUCCCGUCUGCAGCCCUUCCCGUGGCGCUGAGUCGGUUUUGGGGGGACCUCUGCUUGGUUGUUGGUUUUUUUUUUUUUAAUGUGGUUUUGAGAACCCACCUUGACACACUUCUAAAGGUAGAAGGCAGCUGAAGAGGCUGAAAAAUGCUGAGCAGCCAACGUGGCAAUGCUGAUCUGGUGGGGCAGUGAGCUUGCAAGCCUGCGUGGUCACAGUGAGCAGUGGCAGGUGGACCAGAGGGUUUUAUGCAGCAAAGCACCCAAAAGAGACAGAGGGGCACAAACCCCUCCAGCCAAGAGAGACUGACCUGGUCCAGUCGGGGUUUUUGGGGCUCCAGCAAAGCCCCAUUGCGUUACUGGUGACCUCCGGAUGCUGUUAGUGUACACAGCGGGCCCAGACACACAGCUGUUUUUCCAGAUGUGUCUUUAGGACUUGGUUAGCCUCUUUCUGCUGCUGUCAUCUCAUGGCUUUCUGGGCUGGAUCUGCCCUUUAAAACUCGGGCUUUCGUUUGGGAUACCUUGAACUGAGCAGCAAAUGACAGAGCCCUCCCUAAACCCACUAGCUAUUUUUUUAAAAUGCUGAUUUGCCAGGAGAGUAGCCCACCAGAUAUAUUAUAUCAACCCAAUAUAAAUACAUACUAUGUAAACCAAUGUAUUAUAUAAAUCAGUAAUGGGUCGGGGGCUGAUUUUGGUGGCGGGAGGCCAACCUAAGCCCCGGGCAGCACGUCUACAGGACCACGGCUCCCUCCCAUGUCCCUCCCCAGCCGUUGUCCUUGCCUGCUCCUCCCUUGCGCCUGUAGUAGAGAUCUCUAGCUCAAGUGGCAGAGACUUGUGCCUUAGGUCCUGGAUGCAGGGCCUAAUCCUGACCGUGGGGUAUUGGGGUGGGAAUAUUGUGUUGCCGUGGAGGAAUAGGCAAAGCACAGACAGUGCUAUGGAUAAAGUGAGCCGAAAGUCUGCUAGAGAGGACACUUGGGAUCAAAUCUCUGGCAUAUACUAUCAUAUUCUUUUAUUGCCUUUCCUAUAUAUAAAUAAAGGAAAUUAAUUAAUUCAACA